AUGGCUCGGACGGUAUUGGGCCAGGUGGUUCCUGGGAAAAGUAUCACACAGAAAAACACCGGGGGGCCACGUUUGGCGUGGCCGUGAAAGUACGGAAGACAGGCCUUCCUACGUCAUCACGAAAGACGCAAGAAAAUCGGUCUUGCACCAUAGCCAAAGAUGAAGCCAGCACACUAUAGGUUGAGGUUCGCCCAGAACACAAACCUAUUGUCUGCUCUUCUUCUUUGGUAUUAUGAUCCGCACUUCAAACGUACGCCGCGCCUGCUUUUUUCUGUGUGAUAGCAACGCUGAAGUACUUGGUUCUCGAGGUCGUGUCGAAUCGCCACGACUUUAAUAGCGAUGGCGUUACCCUGGUGUGGACUGGAACUGGUUUGCAAGGGCCGCUCGAGCCCGGCCGUGGAGGGGCGGACGGACUCCGGUACUUCGACAGGGGGUAUCUCGGGUACAUGCAAUGCCGAGCACAUAUCUACCACGAAGCUACCUACGGCACGGACGAGUGGGUGGAGAAGGUGGAUAGCGGGGUGGCGCACCACGUUGGAAAACUGCCAGACGGGUGGGAAACGUUGCACAAAAUGAUGAAGCGCUUGGUGGCCCGCGUCCCCGAGCGAAAAUACGAUGCAGAAACUUCGAACGGGAACCAUUUCUUUUAUGAUUUGGUCACGACGACGGAUCCGCAAACCAUGAUGGCCGGUUCCUACAACGAACCAGUUCACGACAUCCUGUUCGACCACGCAUACGGGGAUGCUGCAGCCGACCAAACCAUUGGGCAGUGG